CCCGCCCGCCUGCCCCGCACGCCCCCCGCGCCGCGCCCCCACCCCGGGGUUGGGGGGGGCAUGGGCCCGUUCCGCGUCCGCCGCCGCCGAUCGCAGGCACCCGAGCCCCGGGGCGCGGCGGGCAGCGGCCGCUGACGCGGGGCGCCGGCUGCCAACUUCGCGCGCGGAGCUCCCCGGCAGUGCAGUCCCGUCCCGGCGGCGCGGGCGGCAUGAAGACUAGCCGCCGCGGCCGAGCGCUCCUGGCCGUGGCCCUGAACCUGCUGGCGCUGCUGUUCGCCACCACCGCUUUCCUCACCACGCACUGGUGCCAGGGCACGCAGCGGGUCCCCAAGCCGGGCUGCGGCCAGGGUGGGCGCGCCAACUGCCCCAACUCGGGCGCCAACGCCACGGCCAACGGCACCGCCGCCCCCGCCGCCGCCGCCGCCACCGCCUCGGGGAACGGCCCCCCUGGCGGCGCGCUCUACAGCUGGGAGACCGGCGACGACCGCUUCCUCUUCAGGAAUUUCCACACCGGCAUCUGGUACUCGUGCGAGGAGGAGCUCAGCGGGCUUGGUGAAAAAUGUCGCAGCUUCAUUGACCUGGCCCCAGCGUCGGAGAAAGGGGUCCUGUGGCUGUCUGUGGUCUCCGAGGUGCUGUACAUUCUGCUGCUGGUGGUUGGCUUCAGCCUCAUGUGUCUCGAGCUCUUCCAUUCCAGCAAUGUCAUCGACGGGCUCAAGCUCAAUGCCUUCGCGGCUGUCUUCACGGUGCUCUCAGGCCUUCUGGGAAUGGUCGCCCACAUGAUGUACACGCAGGUGUUCCAGGUCACCGUGAGCCUUGGUCCUGAAGACUGGAGACCCCAUUCCUGGGACUACGGGUGGUCCUUUUGCCUGGCGUGGGGCUCCUUUACCUGCUGCAUGGCAGCCUCUGUCACCACGCUCAACUCCUACACCAAGACGGUCAUUGAGUUCCGGCACAAGCGCAAGGUCUUUGAGCAGGGCUACCGGGAAGAGCCGACCUUCAUAGACCCUGAGGCCAUCAAGUACUUCCGGGAGAGGAUGGAGAAGAGGGACGGGAGCGAGGAGGACUUUCACUUAGACUGCCGCCACGAGAGAUACCCUGCCCGACACCAGCCACACAUGGCGGAUUCCUGGCCCCGGAGCUCUGCACAGGAAGCACCAGAGCUGAACCGACAGUGCUGGGUCUUGGGGCACUGGGUGUGACCAAGACCUCAACCUGGCCCGCGGACCUCAGGCCAUCGCUGGCACCAGCCCCUGCUGCAAGACCACCAGAGUGGUGCCCCCAGAACCCUGGCCUGUGUGCCGUGAACUCAGUCAGCCUGCGUGGGAGAUGCCAGGCCUGACCUGCCCAUCACUGCCUGGGUCCCAGGGCCUUGGAAAUGGGGCCAGGGCAGGCCCAAGGGGAUGCACAGGGCUGCACAGAGUGACUUUGGGACAGCAGCCCCGGACUCUUGCCAUCAUCACAUGAGGAGCCCUGCUGGGCACAGCUGGGAUGCCAGGAGACACAUGGCCACUGGCCACUGAAUGGCUGGCACCCACAAGCCAGCCAGGUGCCCAGAGGGGCAGAGCCCUAUGGGGGACAGAGAGGGGCUUCCUGAAGGAGGGGGCAGUGGUGCAGGCACCCCAGGGGUGUCACACAGCAGGCACACAGCAGGGGCUCAAUAAAUGCUUGUUGAACUUGUUUU